AUGAGAAUUGAGAUGCUCCACUCUGUGUCGUGUCGCGAGUUUCAAGCCUGUGCUUUCACCUCUAUCGCUUUCAAGGACCGAGAAGAGCUACAAUCCAGUGGGGCACUGUUACCCCCAAGCGAGGAUUUACGUGACCUUCUUCUGCAGUCUUAUCUACGAUGGGUGCAUCCUCUCAUUCCUGUUCUCGAGAUCUCACAUCUCUUUCAAAGACUGCUUGACAAUGACGACCGCCAAUUCCCUCACCCACUUCUGUACCAAGCUAUCCUAUAUGCGGGAAGCUCCUACAUGGACCCUCUUGAACUACAGGCAGCGGGCCAUCCAAGUAGAGAUACUAUCGGAAGGGCCAUACGUAGAAGGGCGAGAAUGUUAUACAAUUUUUCGAUCGAGCGCAAUCCAAUUUUCAUGACCCAAGCACUCAUCUUGCUGAGUAUCCGGGAAAACCUAUCCGAAGCUAGUCUUUCAGAGUCCCGAUACUGGAUUCACCAUGCUCUCUCAGUCGCAAUCGACGCAGGCCUCCUGGAUCCAACAGAUGAAAUAGUUAACCAGAAUACAGAGUACCUUUGCACAAUCUCCCCUUCGUUACGUGAGCGACUAGUCUGGUCGUUAUACACCGCUGACCUCACGAUCUCCCUCGCUUUGGAUGCCCCAUUCCAAAUACGACGGCCGCCGAGUCUCAACUGUCAGUUCGUUCCCGACGUGUUUUCAGUAUUCGAUCGAGCCAUGAUCAAUGUUACCUUUUGUGCAACAAGCGAGGGUCCAACUAGCGAGAGCAUCCCGGAGCCACCAUAUCAUGCGAAGCUUUGUGGUAUUCUAAUCGAGCGUUCGAAACUUAUCCGCUGCAUGUACCGCCUUCUCUACACCGUUGACCUAGACCUUCAAACCCGUCAUGCACUAGAGGACGGUAUGAAGCCAGCUAUUCUCUUAUGGAAAAUGCGACAGCUCGACCCAGCGUUAGUUGCAAGUGUCGAAACGAGACUCAAACGGUGGCUGGAUAAUCUACCUACUUCUGUGCGCUACUCAUCCCAGUGGACCUUGAUCGAGCACCCACGGGAGUCCACGGAAUUUACGCUUUGUGUUCAUCGUGCCGCACUAUACAUACUGUAUUUGACAUAUUCACUGGCACUAUACAACGGAAAAAUAGCCCGGGCCACGACAUACUCGGAAAGCCUGGCUCGUCGUGCCCGCCAGGUCGCUGCCGAAAUUGUGCAGACGUGGGCCGGCCUGGCAGAGACACAGGCGAUCCCGUUUCUACCGAGCUAUUGCUUUCUGUCUCUGAAACUCGCCCGCGAGGUGUAUACGCAGCACUCACUGGGGCCCGCCAGCUCGGGGGAUUGGUAUGCAAUGUGGGCUAUUACAUCGUGCGACACCUUUCUGGCUCAGGGGUUCCAUAGAACUGGGGCCGUUUAG